AUGCAUCCAACAGAUGGUUUAUCAUUAGAUUUCAGCGGCAUCGAGAUGACCGAUUCACAGUGGAACCUAUUUGCUGCAUACGACAUGGACGUUAAUGAUAAUUCUACACUGAAAACAUUCAUCUGGAAUAAUAACCCAAUCACACCACCGAUCAUGGCUAUGCUUAGCAAACUGAAAGUUUUACAGCUUCUAUCUAUCAGCGGUUCCCUAUCAGAACAGACGAUUCUUCCUUUCGCCGAUUUCAUUGAAUCAUGUGAAUCUAUAACUAACCUCGUCAUCUGUGCAGGUGCAAAGCCAAUCGGUGCCGAAAAAUGCAUCACACUUAUGCGCGGUCUGAAAAACGCUAAGAACGUUGAAUCAUUAGUUCUGAAUGAUCAUUUGUUCGGCGAAGAAGGUGCAAUGGCACUGUCUGACCUUCUUAUGACGAAUAAGAAUAUCAGGUCAUGCGAAUUCGAGAACAAUAACUUGAAAACUAAAGAUAUUUGGUUUUCAUUUCUUGAAAAACUCACAGAACGAGGUCCUCCUCUUGAAUUACAGUGGCCACACGAAGUGGACGAGCUCUUCGAGAGCAAAGCGAUUGACCAGAACGAUUUAGACCACUUACACGACUGUUGGACAAAUAUUCAGAACGGUAGUGAAGAACAACAUCAAGAUGAAGAAGGACAGCAACAACUUGAUUUCGGGAAUGAAUUCGAUGCAGAACCCGAACAAGAUGAAUUUAUUGCUCCAUUAGAUUAUGAAGUUAAUGAUCGUAUAUACGAUAUAUGA